AUGGAACAAAAAAAAAAGGUUCAAGCCGCAAAUAUCUGGUUUAGCCCCAAUUUAAUCAUUCCAAAUCAUUCGAAAAUUACGAAAAAAUGGGCCUUGCAGGCUUUCAAAAUCGCGUUAUUAUAA